GUUACGCAAGUUCCUUUUUGCCUUGUGAUCUGACGUAUCUACUUUGUGAAGUGAGACUUAUUAGGACAACUUGAUAUGGUUGAUUACAAAAAGGUCAUUUCGUUGCUUUUUGUGGGCAAGCUCUUUUAAAAAUACCUUCUUUUGAAAGAAUUAAGAACUUCUAACGGCUUAGUUGCGGUUGUCAUGGCAACUACGAAUUGGAUAGAGAUAGAAGGGGUUGGCAUAGAACAGAGGAACAGAGGUACGGACUCCCCGCCAACCUUGCUCACGCCGCGCACGCGUGUUGCUCUGUUGGCUGUGCUUCAUGCGGUUUUCUCGGUUUUCUGUUGGAUGAUUGCCUGUAAUCUUGGUACCCUGUUUCAAGUUAAUAGAAUUAGACUGUGCGCUUGAAAUUCUAAGCAAAUUGAUUCAUCAUCAACAAGGAUUUGCAAUCAUGAAGCUGUUGACUCACAACAUGCUAACGUCAAAAUGUCUGAAGAAUGUGGUAACCGGCUAUCCUCUUAUCAUUUCCAUCAAUUCGCCAGAAGACAUCAAGGUACAAGAAGUGGACUUCAACCCAGAUUUCAUUGCAAAAAUCAUUCCAAAAGUGGACUGGGAUGUGCUAUGCAAAACAGCUGAGGAGGUCGGUCACAAAGGGGACCUGCCCGGCGCGGUGGACCAGGACUUUGAGACGAACGAGGAGUUCCUGAAGAAAGCCCACCACGUUCUCCUCGAGGUGGAGGUGAUGAACGGCAGUCUGGUGUGCCCAGAGACCGGCCGCAAGUUCCCCGUUACAGACGGCAUUCCCAACAUGCUGCUCAACGAGGACGAAGUGUAGGCCGCCGCCGCCCCGUCCACCCCGCGCCAUCGCAUCUCAUUUGUUUGUGUUUAAUACAGAUUACGCUUUGUUUAUUAA